GAUUGAAAAUUUUACUCACUGCCAAAUGGGUAGGCAAGGCAAUGAUCCUAGUCCUACCACUGUGAACUCCUCCAUUGCUCUUCUUCAAGAAAGGUUUAGACAGUUGGAGAAGGUGAAAGAAAGAAGAGAGGGGAAACAACUUAAACUCUUGUCAUUUGAGACCACCUCCUCAUCAUCACAAAACUCUCAACAACAACCAAGGUUGGUGGCUCCACAUAGGCCAACUCUCCAUGACUCUCUUUCUCUUGGCCUCAACUUCACAAACAAGCAAGGUGAUCAUCACAACACCAUGAACAUGAAACCACCUCCAUCCUCCAAUUUAUGGCCACAGGGAGCAUCAACAUCAAGAAAUUUUGAUACCUCAGACGUUGAUACUUCCCUUCAUCUGUAAAUAUAUUUACUACUGUUUGUCUUAAUUUGCUUCCCCAGCUAGUACCUUGUAUAAUAGAUGCAUAAUAACCCUAUGUUCGAUCUCCAUCAUUUUGUAUCAAUAAUCAAGGAGGAUUUGUAUCAGUUACGCUUUUCUUUUUUCCCCCUUGAAGGUAUGUGAAUGACAUUUGACAUUCGUAAUUGUAUAUGAUCUUUCCUAUACAAAAAUAACUCGUCAUAUUUAUAGGCCAGAAAACAGUACUUUGCAGUGGCUUGAUCCAUGUCAGGAAGGCAGUAAUGAACGUAACUCAAUUGUAGCUGGACUUUAGUUCACAGAUUCGUGUUCUCUUCAAAUAUUAAA